GCCUGGCAGUCCUGGGGCUAAAGGUGGAGCUGGAGCUAAGGGUGAGCCUGGACCUCGAGGACAUGGUGGCAUGUCUGGUGCGCCUGGACCUCUGGGUGAGCCUGGUCUUCCUGGUGAGGCUGGUAUGGAAGGAGUACCUGGGCCUAAGGGCGACAGAGGCCAGCGGGGACCGGUUGGGCCACAGGGAGCAGUCGGCAAACCUGGGAGCAAAGGAGAGAGAGGACCCAUGGGAAUGCCAGGUGCACAGGGCCUUAGUGGAACCAAGGGAGACAAGGGCUUCCAAGGAAAAGGCGGCUCAAAGGGAGACGUUGGUGACCCCGGCGUUGAGGGACUGGCUGGUGAGAAAGGUGAAAAGGGUUUGUCUGGUGAACCUGGGCCCAAAGGACAGCAAGGAAUUAGGGGUGACUCUGGACACAACGGACCCACUGGAGAUCCUGGUAAACCAGGAGAUCAGGGACCACCAGGGCUUCCUGGUCCGAGGGGACUCAACGGCGAGCGAGGAGUACCUGGCAUGCCUGGUAUUCAGGGAUCAACUGGGCGUGAUGCAUCCGACCAGCAUAUAAUCGAAGUGGUGUUGAAGAUGUUGCAGGAGAGGCUAGCCGCAGUGGCGGUGAGUGCCAAGAGGGCUGUGCUGGGCGGCGCGGGUGUGAUGGGACCUCCUGGGCCUCCUGGACCUCCAGGUUCAUCUGGCCCUCAGGGGCCACAUGGCCUGCCUGGUACCCGGGGCAUCCCUGGCAUGAUUGGAGCACCUGGACAGAUUGGAAACACGGGGCUUAAAGGAAAGAGAGGAGCAAAGGGAGAGAGGGGAGAUCUAGGUAAACCUCACCCAGGACCACCAGGACCUCCUGGAAUACAAGGUCCUCCUGGUCUGGAUGGUGUGGCUCAGGAUGGCAGGCACGGUGAGAGAGGACCUCAGGGAUCAGCCGGAGAGGCAGGUCGCCCUGGUAAGGCAGGCGCGCAGGGUCUGCCGGGCUUCUGCGAGGCAGCAAUGUGUCUGGCCGCGUCAGCGUACACCUCCCCGAGACUACAGGAGGCGGGAACGAUCAAAGGACCCAAUGUUUAAGAGGCCUGUCUCUCCAUCAGCAACUCAAGACAUCACCCUGGAGAGAGGAGGAGGAAGAAGAGGAGGAGGAGAGAGAGAGAGAGAGAGAGAGAGAGACAGCUCCUCUCAUGUCGGACAACAUCAAGAACAAGGGGUGGGGGGACAAUAAUAGUGACUGGAUGUAUGGCGCCCCCUCCUGAAACUCCCAACCUUUAAGCUUUGACUGGCGGGACAUACUCUGAUCUUAAUACCCCCCACAUCACCGAGCAGCAGCUCACAGCCACCCACAUGCUUUCUAGUAUUUUUUGGAUGACGUCAGUCCUGUCCAUAUUUCCCAGGAACAUCUGCUUUUCCCUCCCACAACAGCGUCUCUGAGCUGAAACGUAAACCUGGUGAAAGAUGCUUCUCUUUUACACCGAGGUCACUUUAAAUGAUUUUUACAUAUGCAGCAUUUUAUUUUUAAAUGUUCAACAUCACACCCGAUGCCUUUAAAAGAGUACAAAAAUAAAUGAUUGCAACCUAAUGUCACACUCAGUACUGUAUUGUAAAAUCUAGUAUUUUCAUCUGACAGCUUGAGUGAUUUACCUCAUGUGUACAUUGCCUCCCUUUUUCCCCAAAUCCCUGCUUUCUACCCAAGCCUCAUUUUAAAAACUAACGACUAGCUUUAUCUCUUCCUCUUGUUGCCUGGCAACAACAUAUCCCGAUGGGCACUCCCAUCUCCCACAAUGCAGUGCUGUAAAUCUUUGUAAAUGUGUGUUGAUUAUUAUGUAGAGAAAAAUGAAUGGGUUUCGAUAUGCACCAACAAAAAUCCUGUGUUAAUGAAUUCAGUGAGUAAUAAAAAAGUUCCUACAGAAAUAAUGAGUUCUCCAAACGAAUCCGUUACCAGUGCGGAUGUGCUCCCUAUGCCACUGUCAAACUUUCCACAGGGUGUUGGCGAUUUUGAUUUAUUUUCAACAACAAAACUAUUUAUUGUUCUUUAUAUAACCAUCUGUAAAGAGGUUUUUUUUUCUGGCUGUUCAGGUAAACCCAAACCAAUAAAAAGGAACCUUUUGUAAAAUCCAA